AUGCGAAACUCUCUCUUCGCCACGGUCUUAGUGGCGCUUCUCCGAGUCACCCUCGUCGCCGCCCAAGAUACCGCAGACGGUCCCGUCGAAACCGGCGUCACUUCCGACGGCUUCCUCCUCGAGAGCUCCACCGAAUCCACGCCCGCCGCCACAGCGCAACCAUCCUCGGGAGGAGACGAAGAAGAAGCCACACCAUCCAGCAGUAGCGGCAGCGGCAGCGGCAGCUCCUCCACCCGGACCAGCACUGGCCGAACACCAGGCGCGACGCGCGACUGGGGCGAGCUCGGUCCGCCAGACGUGUACCUCAACGUGCCGGAGCUCUCGGUAGGCCGCAUCGAGCUCGACGUGGACAACCUGCGCGCCGAGAUAAACCUAGCCGCCAAGGUAGCGAACCUGGUCGAGAUCAACGCCGGGGUGAGCAUCGGCGUGGAAAAAGUCAACAUCACGAUCGCCGACGUCGGGGCGGAGCUGGAGCUCGUGAUCCGGCUGGGCCAGCUGGCCAGCAUCGUGAACCGGACGCUGCAGUCGCUGGACCUGAACCCGCUCCUCAUCAACUUGCUCGAUGAGGUCGGGGAUAUUGCCGAGGGCGUCAUCGGGGCGGUGGACGGGCUGCUGGGGUCGGUGCUCAGCGGGGACUCGAAGCUCAACUACAUCAUCGAUAACUUGGGCAAUAUUAUACAGGAGGUGGUGGGCACGGCGGGCGACGUGGUGCAUACUAUCGUGGGCAACUACGAGCAGAACAUGACGUUUACGGGUCAGCAGAAGCUGCUGGACAACGGGUUGAUUCAAAAGACGUACGAGUACUCUACCCUCGGGUCGCUCGUCAACAUCAUUUUCAACUCGGUCGGGCAGAUUGUCCAGGCGACCGUGCUCAAGGGUGGCAACAGCAGUGGCGGCGGUGGGGGCAGCAGCAGUAGCACCAGCCAGACGGCGGGAGCUACGCGGACGGCAUCGGAGACGGCGAGACCUACCGAGACGGGGGCGACGGAGGAGGAGUAG